AUGAACAACAUUGAUUUACGACUGUCAAAUCCAUUUAAUAGUCAGAACGGAUCUUGGGCAUCUGAUCCCAAAAUGAAACAUGACAUCGAUCAUAUUCUUCGGAAUUAUGCUAAUACUCCUUUCGGUGAUCCAAUGACGGAGAAUGAGGCCUUAAUGGUUUUAGGUAUAACCCCGGAUGAAAUCUUAACUUUAAACAAACAAACUGUGAAAAGUAGAUACAGACAAUUGAUGUUAGCUAAUCAUCCGGAUAAACAUGGAUCGAAAUACUUGGCUCAAAAGAUUAAUCAAGCGAAAUCUGUAUUGGAAAAUAGCAAAUUGGUUGAAUGA